AUGCCACUAAGUCGGUCUCUCCUCCCCACAGCUUUUCUGCUCCCUCGAUUAGCCUUGCCUCGCACUGCGCUGUUCCACACAACGUCAGCAUGGAGAAGCGAAUCAGCAAGCUACUACAAGACAUUGGGCAUUGAUCCAAGUGCCUCUGCGGGAGAUAUCAAAACGCAGUUCUACUCUCUGUCCAAGACCCACCAUCCAGAUCAUAAUGCCAACGACCCACAAGCCUCGGAGCGAUUCGUCAAAAUAUCAGAGGCUUACGCUGUCCUUGGUAGCCCGCAGAAGCGAGAGCGCUACGAUCGAGAUAUACAAGAUGCUCAGGAGUCAUCUCGGUCCCACGCACACCGGGGCUCUCAUUCGAGUUCUUCGACUCCUUUUGGAUCCAGACCCGGAAGCGGACUAAGUCGAAGACGGACUCAGUUCAAGGGACCACCACCAAGCUUCUAUCGGAGUGGAGGAUGGGGGGCACAGGGUAGUAAGAGGCAUGCGCAGGCCGAGGGCUCAGGAUCUGCUGGUACCGGUGAUCCCAGUGGCGGGGGAUUUGGACCGGGUCGAGGACAGGCCGGUUUCAAUGACGUUCCUCAUUUCAACCGGGAAGGACAUCAUCAUACUCAGGAACAGCAGGAUCAACGACGGCGUAAGCGUAUGGAGGAGGAAAGCGUAGGAUUUGCGGAAGGAGGCAGUGUCCUGUUUCAAUUUCUGUUGAUCACAGCAGUGGUCACGUUUGCCUUUUCAAUACCUGCACUAUUUGACAGAAGCAGAGACGGCGCAAAAAGGACGAGCGUUGAAAAAUGA